CCGGCCUCGCAGGACAUGUUCCACAACGGCAGCUUCCUCCGGCGCAGGAAGCGCUUCAAGCGGCCCGCGCCGCCCGCGCCCUCGGCCGCCGGGAUCCUGCUCUUCCCGCCUCCACCCUGUCCCCUGCUUCCUCCGGCGGUCGGGUCCCUGCCCGCCUGCGCCUCGCCGCUGCCGGAAAGAAAACAGGGGGCGGCACGGUGGUCUUUGCAAGCGGGGAAGGGGGACCAGCGUCCCGGGAAGGAAGAAAUGCGGCCUCGGGCAGAGAUCGGCCUGCAGGGCGGCGGCAGUCGCAGGUGCUCCUUCAGCAUCGAGAGCAUCAUGACGGGCCCGAGGACGGCGCCUGCAGUCGUGCAGUUGAGCGCUUGGAUCCCGCCUUCGCCCGCGGCCACGUGUAGUCGCAGCCCGGCUCUGCUGUCCCACCCUGAGCGCCUCGUCACCUCGUGGAGGACCUUGCUGGGCUCCGGCACCGGUCAGAGUCCCGCAGCAUUGCUCGCGGGUCACCCAGACUUGAUCCUCGGCGUAGAAAGCCUGUCUCCUGCCUUCUAGAUCCCUGCGCCCGUUCUCUCCCUGGACUUUGCAAAUUGCUUCUGGUCGGCGGUUUCAGGAACGCGUCGGAUCUUUAAUUUGACCUUCUGAUUGCUCUGCUUUAGCACGCCCUGCCGCGAAAACUGGAGACGCUUCUUCCUAAAUUGUGAAUAUCACCCUCCCCGUCUCCCUCUUUCGCACCCACGCUGAUGAGGGUGUCUUAGUCCCCUCCUGAAGUGGUGUGGUAAAGCACAACACACUAUAUAAAGGGAAUUUCAUGCUUCUUGACGUUUGCAGGCAGCAACCGAGCAAAGUCUACCUAAGUACCUGUGCCCUAUGACCUAAGGAUUCACAGUAAUGCAGCAUUGAAGUGAAAUGUGACUGAACCUCAAAAAAAAAAAAAAAAAAUUGACAGCCUAUCCCUCUGAUUUCUACUCAGAAUUGGAUUGGAGCUGAAUUCAUGCCAAUGGAUUGCUUAAUUGG